AUGUUGGAUUGUCAUGCCAGUGGGAAGGGUGCAAGGCAGCAACAAAUUGCGUGUCGCGGUUUGCCCCUUGACAACUUGAGCCCCACAAAUAGUCUCGGUGAUCUCGUUAAAAGUGUGAGUCCGGAUAAGCCUGCAAUGCGUGGUACCAUAACUCCACAUCUCAUAAAUCCAAUUUGGUAUUCACCAAACAUGCCCAAACGCGAGGAAGUAGAAGCUGCACUUAAGAACAAGGCCAGCAAUGGGAAGAUCAAGGUGGAAGAUGUUCUGGCCUCCAUUGGUAGCCUAGGGGUAUCCACUGACGCUGUCGACCGCUACUUGAAGGAGCAUAAGGAUUCUGGAGGCAUGGUGGAUCUUGCUGGAACCACCAAAUUUAUCUCAUCUCUUUAG